UUCUGACGGCUUUUUGUCGUUUUUUGGAUCCAAUAAUAAAUUAUUUCACAAAUUUGAUUAUUUCUGAAUAGAAAUUAUGAGUGUUUUAUAUUGCAAUAAUAAGGUACAUUUUGUUGAACACGGAGAGCUUAUUGCAAAAGUCUUUCAAGAUGUUCGGCUGUCAUGUAAUAACACUAUUCCGAUAGGCAAAACACGUAGUUUUAAGCUUACAGACAAAUUGUUUUCAAUUAAUCUUAAGUCUAAAAAUGAACAGGGAACCAGAAAGAGGAAGUGUAAUUUUUUGUUACGAGAAGAAGUAAGUUAGUGUUAUGAUGUUGAAGGAAAUUUAUAAUGACUUCAUUAAUAUAUUUCCAUCACGCUUGAAGAGCAAGGUAAAUGUCACAUAUGACUUGUUAAACACAGGAGCAGUUCGAGAUUUGGCUAAGACAUUGUUUGAAAAAACUGUGUUUUAUCAUGAAGGCUUAACUGGUGGCAAUGAUUCUGACAAUGCAUUGAUAUGUACUAUAAAUGGAGAGGAAUUUCUAAUUCCCCAAAGAUCAAGGUUUUACUGUGGUGAUGUUAAGGAGAGCUGUACAAAGUUAGGGGGAAACAGCUUUGAUAUAUUAAUAGCAGAUCCUCCUUGGUGGAACAAAUACAUCAGAAGGCUAAAAAAUGCUAAUCGAAACUUGGGGUAUUCAAUGAUGUAUAAUGAAGAAAUAGCUUCAAUACCCGUCAGAGCAUGUCUAUCAGAGAACUGUCUUGUUGUAGUAUGGUGUACUAAUGCCCAGAGUAAUAUAAAUGCUGUGAAAGACAUUAUAUUUCCAAAGUGGGGUGUAGAGUAUCUUGCCACUUGGUUUUGGUUGAAGUUGACGGUGGAUUUGGAGCCAAUUUGCUCAUUUAGUAGUGGAAGUGGCAAGCAGCCAUAUGAGAGGGUGAUGAUUGGCAGAAUUGGAAAUGUUGAAAAUGUGCCCGAAGACUUGGUAUUUGCAAGUAUCCCAAGCGCAUUACAUUCACAUAAACCUCCACUAUUAGAUCUUCUCAAACCGUAUACACAAGCAAAAGACCCAAAGAUUUUAGAACUGUUUGCAAGAUAUAUGCUGCCGAACACAACCAGUGUGGGUUAUGAACCACUGAAGUGGCAACAUAUUUCCCUUUAUGAGGAAACUUGACCUAUGUGUAAUCUAUGAAGUGGGGCUUAACUUAAUCAUCAUAUAUAUUCAGGAAGCUUAUCAAGAUGAGUGAAAUAAGUUUUUUCAGCCAUCAAAGGAUUUCAUAAACUUCAACCUCAACAUCAUCAGUGCCAGAUAAUGCAGUGGGAACAAUAGAAAAAAAUAAUUUAAUUGUGAUAUCCUAACCUACUAACUGGCUACCUACUUCCCUAUCACAGAAAAGAGGCAUUCCCUUGAGCUAAUGAGCAACCAGGACUCUGUGAGAUGGCAAUGUAAAGCAGCAUCAAGCCCAUGAGAGUAUUAGGCCCAGCAAUUAGCUGAUACAAAUGAUUAGGGAAGGAAAGAUGAGACUUGCUGGCUGAAUGACUUAAUGGCAUGACACUACCAUAGGUAUUUUUUAAUAAUCCUGUGUACCAGGAUAGACUAAAGUUAGCCUAGAGAUGUACUGGAGCAAAGGGCAUUCUGAAGAGUUCACUUCAGUGAUUAACAUCUCAAUAAAUGAUUAUCUUUUUAAA